CACUUGAAUUCACACGCACGGCUCCUCCUUUUGCAGCUCCACCUCCUCGCCGUCGCCGCGGAGCCCCAGGCCGGCGGCGCCUCCCGCCAUGGUGCGGCCUCCGCAGGAGGCGAUCGACACCUUCGUCAGCAUCACCGGCGCCGCCGAGGCCGGCGCCGUCCGCGUGCUCGAGGAACAUGGUGGUGACCUAAAUGAAGCUGUCAAUGCUUAUUUUAAUGAGGGAGAUAGGACCACAAUAAAUCAGAAUCCUGUACCUGCCAGUCACGAUGAUACGAUGGAGCUGGAUGAACCACUUGAUCCCAUGUUUGACAGACCUUUAUUCCCUAGAAGUUUGGGCAACCCUUUUGCACUUUUGGAUCCAAAUUUUGCCAACAGAGCUGCUGCUGGUAUAUUUGGACUGGGACCUCAGGUCACACAUCCUAGGGAGGUGAGGCAGAUACCUAUUGAAGUUAAGGAUAACAAUACUCAAACAGGCAGUUCUGGUCAGGGUCCUUUUAUUGAGGAUGUUACUGGACAUGAAUCUUUGUAUGGUCCAGAGGUCCAUGGGACUGUUAUAGUUGAUGAAGAUGAUGAAGACUUGCCAUCAGCCCCAUCUGCUCAUGAUCCUAAUAUCCCAAGCAACGCUUCACGCCCGAACCUUUCUGUGCCAAGUGCUCCUCCAUUGGUUGAUGUUAAUGACUACAACAGUGAUAUAGAAGAGGAGAUGAUCCGUGCAGCAAUUGAAGCUUCAAAAAGAGAGGCUGAAGGAAUGACAAAUGGUCUUAAUAGUGGUGAAGGUGAAAAUGCAUCGCGUGGCAGAGGCAACGAUGAGCUUGCUUGGGCAGUUUCUUUGUCCUUGGAGACAACGGAGCGAGAGAGUGCUCUGCGCCAUGACGGGAUGCUUGUACCGGAUCAUUCUCCUGAUUUAUCUGAUAAGGAAGACAUUGAAGGAGCAAGUGGAUCGGUUGAAAGGCAAGGAUCAACCACAGGGAAAGUUGGAACUUCUGAGCGAACAGUAGAUGAAGAUAACUUCCAAGAGGAUAUUGAAGAUGCUGAGGAGCAACCUUUAGUUAGGCAUCGUUCUAGGCGUCUUCGAUACGUAAAUACUGAGCCGGCGGAAGAAGUGGAAAGGUCUGACAGUCCUCCCCCAAGUCCUCAGCCUCAUAACGCUCAAACUGAUCGCCAGAAUAAUGGAGGUUUCCCUUCAGAAGAGUGGGGUGGCAUUUCUUCUGAAGAGCAUGACGAAGCUGUUAUGCUUGAGGCUGCAAUGUUCGGUGGGAUUCCUGAAGGAGCAGCAUAUCCAUUUUCCUUCCCAACUCAUGGAAGCUCAACUCACUAUCCCCGAGUAGCACAUCCUCCAUCACCAACAUUAACUGCACAGCGGUUGUUAAGGGAGCAGCAGGAUGAUGAGUAUCUUGCAGCGCUCCAAGCUGAUCAAGAAAAAGAGUUGAAGGCUGUGCAGGAGGCUGAGCUCCGCAGACUAGAAGAAGCUGCUGCAAGAGAAGCUGCUCUUGCACGUCAAAAGGAAGAAGAGGGGGAGAAGCUAAGAAAACAGCUUGAGGAAGAGGAGUUAGAGUCUGAGCUCGCAGCCAAACAAGCAUCACUACCUAAGGAGCCAUUACCAAAUGAUGAUGGGGCCGUCACAGUGGUAGUUCGCAUGCCUGAUGGUAGACGCCAGGGGCGGCGCUUUCUCAAAUCUGACAAGCUCCAGUCUCUUUUUGAUUUCAUAGACAUCAGCAGGACGUUCAAACCAAGAACUUAUAGACUGGUGAGGUCUUAUCCCAGGCGUGCAUUCACCGACGGUGAGAGUCAAAUGUCUUUAAGUGAUCUCGGCCUCACUGGCAAGCAAGAAGCUCUGUUCCUAGAACAAAUUUCAGGAUAGAGGAAAGGCUUUACUUAUGGUUAAGUAUAGCAUCCGAGAGUGGUUACAGUUCUUAAAAUAUGCCUGGCGUAUGUUCAUGAAAAUAUUACAAAUGCUCGCAUGAGAACUGAUGUCUAGCCAUCUUUUGUGCUGUGGAACGAUAGUAUUUUACUGAGUUUUGUGUGACACGCACUCUGAUACCCCCUUUGAACGUGCAGUCAGAAUGUAUAUGCAAUCCCCUACCUUCAAAAUUACCUUAAUCCUUUAAUUUUAAGACAUAGUUUUGUGUGACA